CUAUUUCGGUGCCACUCAAAACAAUCGCUGGCCCUAUCUCUCACACACCCAAACCCAACAUUAUUAAUACUCUUCCUUCUCUUUACCUUUUACUUUUCGAAGCAAAAACACCAUAACAAAACACCCAGAAUUUGUGGGUUCCAUUCCCAAAACAAAGAACAAGAAGGAGAGAGAGAGAGAAUGCAACGGGAGAAACAAAAAACAGAAGUAUUUCUGUGAUUGAUUCUCUGCAACCGAAUCAUCAUCAGCCACUUCUUCUCCCCGUUUCAGCUCUCCCCUCUCUCUUCUUUUCCUCGGCUCUGGUUCGGUAAGGCGUAGGGGGUUGUUAUUAUUCUUCAUAAUGGUUGCAACAGCUGCUACGGCGUCGUUUCUCCCUGUGCCUUCGCCGGACGCUGGAAAAGGGAAACCCAAGGGUGGUGGUGGCGGCGGCGUUUCUGUGAACCUCGGAGGACUCAAAGAGAAGCAAGGUUUGUGCGGUUGCUUGCAGGUCAAGGCAAACGCACAAGCCCCUCCGAAGACCAUGGAGAAGGUUGAGAAUGAUUUGCCAUGGUUGCCGUCGUCGUCGAUUUCGCACGCCCCGAGGACUUUUAUAAAUCAGUUACCUGACUGGAGCAUGCUUCUGGCCGCCAUCACCACCGUGUUCCUCGCGGCGGAGAAGCAGUGGAUGAUGCUGGAUUGGAAGCCGCGCCGCCCCGACAUGCUCAUUGACCCCUUUGGGAUUGGGAAGAUCGUGCAGGACGGGCUCGUGUUCAGGCAGAACUUCCCCAUAAGGUCUUACGAAAUUGGCGCAGACAAAACUGCGUCAAUAGAGACCUUAAUGAAUCAUUUGCAGGAGACUGCACUUAAUCAUGUUAAGACCGCUGGGCUUCUAGGUGAUGGAUUUGGUUCCACGCCUGAAAUGUGUAAGAAGAACCUGAUAUGGGUGGUGACUAAGAUGCAGGUUGUGGUUGAUAAAUAUCCUACAUGGGGUGAUGUUGUUCAAGUAGACACGUGGGUUUCUGCAUCAGGGAAGAAUGGUAUGCGUCGUGAUUGGCUUGUGCGUGACGCCAAAACUGGUGAAAUCUUGACAAGAGCCUCCAGUGUUUGGGUCAUGAUGAAUAAAGUGACAAGAAGACUGUCUAAAAUUCCCGAAGAAGUCAGGGCAGAGAUAAGCUCUUAUUUUGUGGAUUCUGCUCCAGUUGUGCCAGAGGAUAACAGAAAACUAACCAAACUUGAUGAUUCAGCUAAUUUCAUUCGCACUGGUUUAAGUCCCAGAUGGCAUGAUCUAGAUGUGAAUCAGCAUGUUAACAAUGUGAAGUAUGUUGGGUGGAUUCUGGAGAGUGCUCCGCAGCCACUUUUGGAGAGCCAUGAGCUAUGUGCCAUGACAUUGGAGUACAGGAGGGAGUGUGGCAGGAACAGUGUGCUAGAUUCCCUCUCUGAUCUCUCCGGUGCUGAUGUUGGAAACUUAGCAGAUGAUGGAUUUUUUGAGUGCAAGCACUUGCUUCGACUUGAUGAUGGUGCUGAGAUUGUGAGGGGCAGGACCGAAUGGAGGCCAAAACCCUUAAACAGAAACUUUGGUCAUGUUUUGAGUCAGGUUCCUGUUCCAGCAGAAAGCACCUGAAUCUCAUUGAUUGACAUCAAUGGAAGAGUGGCAUAAUUCAUGUUCCCACUUGCAGAUUGGAGAGCUUUGCUUGUUGCCUUAAAAUAUAAAACAAACAAAAAAUAAUAAUAAAAAAACUCGGUCUUAUCAUUUUGUAAUUAAAAAAUAGCUCCUACCACUACUUUCCCUUCUGCUCCAUUUCGUUUAUGGUUAUGCUGCUGCUAGGUGUCAUCAAAAUUUAAUUGUUUCAUAAAAAUGGCUAAGCGUGUAUAUUAUAGUUCUUUUUUCUUUUCCCUUAUAAGAAAGAUGCAAUAUUCCUCGUGAACAUACCAAAACAAAUAAAGCUAUGUAUAGCUUGCAGGAAAGGCCUCCUGGGUCUCUUUUGUGGUUUCUAUUAUUAGCAAUUAAUUGCGCACACAAAUAUGGGUCAUGUGACGGGAUGGAUUCUAGCUAUAUAGACAACUUCAUAUGACCGGCACUAUCAUGUAGACAUGUAUGUUCCGAGAGAUUUAACCAUUUAUGAUUUAUCCAUCUCAGGCUGUGAUCUUUUUUA